CCAAGAACACUAAAUCUCUCCAGCAGAUAAAAACAAGUUGUACAAAACUAAGAUCUCAUGUCUUAUCGAUUGCCAAGUGUCGACAAGGAGGGUUUGAAGGAACGGAACUACUUGGGUUUGUCUGAUUCCUCCUCUGUUGACAGCUCAACCAUUCCCAAUGUUAGUGACAAGAAGAGCAGUCUCAACUUCAAAGCUACAGAGCUAAGGCUAGGUCUUCCUGAGUCUCAAUCUCCCCAGAGAGAAACUGAUUUCGGUUUGUUAAGUCCAAGAACUCCUGAUGAGAAACUCCUCUUCCCACUGCUCCCUUGCAAAGACCAUGCUUCAGGGCACAAAAGAGGCUCCCUUGCUAAGAGUGACUCCAACAAUGCACCUGCUGCCAAGGCACAGGUUGUUGGUUGGCCACCAAUCAGAUCCUACAGGAAGAACACAAUGGCUUCUUCUACUUCAAAGAACACUAAUGAGGUUGAUGGGAAACCUGGUCUUGGUGCUCUGUUUGUGAAGGUGAGCAUGGAUGGAGCUCCCUAUCUGAGGAAAGUGGAUUUGAGAACCUACACUUGCUAUCAACACUUGUCUUCUGCACUUGAGAAAAUGUUCAGCUGCUUCACGCUUGGUCAAUGUGGACUUCAUGGAGCUCAUGGGAAGGAAAGAAUGAGUGAGGUGAAGCUGAAGGAUCUUCUUCAUGGAUCAGAGUUUGUGCUUACUUAUGAAGACAAAGAUGGUGACUGGAUGCUCGUUGGAGAUGUCCCUUGGGAGAUAUUUACUGAAACAUGUAGGAAACUGAAGAUCAUGAAGGGCUCUGAUUCUAUUGGCUUAGCUCCAAGUGCAGUGGAGAAAUCUAAGAACAAAGACCUAAUCCCUCUCAGGGUUUGAAAGAAAGAUGCUCAAAACAAAACACACUAUGCACAGUUCCAAUGUUUCAGUCUUCUUAAACUGAUGUGUUUGAAAACUCUUUCUUCUAGUCUUUACUAAUUAGUAAUUUGUGUUUGUAAGACUUUGGAAUCUCUAUUUUGUAUGUUCUUGUUCAGAACAAAUACACUUGCUAUUAUGUGUUUGUUAACCUUUAAUCUUCA